AAACAACUCAAUCUUCAAAUUGAAGCAGCAACUGCUAAGCUUAAAACAUUUUCUUCGGAAUGCCUGGAACUCAACCAAUUUACAGAAAAAAAUGACUUGCAACAAAAGGUGAUAGAAAUGAAAAAUGGUAAGAAAGCAAAUGUGUUCUGUCAUUUAAAAAUACUCAGAUGUUACAUUUUAGUAUUGCAGUUUUCUUGUUUUCUGAAAGAGACAGAACAUUUUACACACUCAAAGGGGCUGUUUAACACUGACGACUGACUUCUACAUAGCGCAAGUGCUGGUGAGUAUUAAAUCUUCCAAAUGCCUGAGGGUUGGGCAAUACAUCCUUUUGAAACUCAUUACUCUCCACUCUCGUACCUACAUUCGGAGGUGAAAAGAAGUUAUUAAAAAUCAAUACUGCGGAUCAGAGAAAUGUAAUUUGUCGAUUAGUAUAUAGGCGGUACAUAGGUGACUCGACCAACUUUCCAUUUUUUUUUUAAAGUUUAGUAUUUCAUUUAAGGCAAUUAAUAUUUAAAUGGUAAUCAAUAUAAGCGUAGGUGAAUGAUAUACCAAUAUUCCUCAAUUCUGUCCUUUAUACAUAUAUAUGUUUAAAUUUACUGCCCUAUAAUUUAUUGCCUUGAAGUAUUCAGAUCUGUUGGCUGAAGUGUAUAGCUGUUUAUCCUUUAAUAGGGAUCAGACUCCCCUUGCUGAAUACAGACCAUCUACUUCUAAGACUGAUUUGGCAGUGUAGCAACAUAUAUAGAUGAUCAGUAUACCCUUUGGUAUCCAACCAUUAUUUCAGUUAUAUAGUGCCUUCAAUCUUUCAGUAAACGUAUUACUUUUAUUUUUAUUUUUUGACUCUAAAGAGAAAAUAUAUAAUGGUUGGGUUCAUUAUUAUUUUUAUCUGGUGUACAUUCCAAGCAUAGUUCCAGAUUUACCAUUAUCACUUGCAAGUUUGUCUGUUAUGGACUUUGUAUCAAACCAGGAUUAGAGUCACUUUAAAUUUAGAGACUCUUAGGAAUCAUUUUAUUUUAUUUGAAUAUAAACAUAAUAUUUUAUAUAUCUGCUAUUUCAUUCAUUAGGCGUAUUACAAGUCAGGAAUAAACAAUAGCAAUCUUCUCAAGAUAUGUUAAAUAAUUAUACCCUGUUGAUCUUUUAAAGGGCAGAUUUAUUGUGGCAAAAAUAGAAGAUAUUCUGGGGCAGAGUAUGAAUGAAUACUUUUAACACUUUGUACUUUUAACACCUGUUUUGGUUUUAUAAAUCUUUUCUUUGGGAAUUAUAGGAGCAGUUUUGAAGUCAGAACGGGACACCAUAAAAUCCAUUCAUAUUAGGAUAUAUAUUGGGAUAGCCACUUUUAACAAGCAGACUUAUUUACUAAAAUGUGCUUUUUAUUUUAAAUGCACCAGCAAAUUAUAGGUAUUAUAACAGAACUGGAAACAUAAUUAGCUAUCUUGUCACAACAUCUUUUUUGGCCUCUAAUUAAUAGUUUUCUGGUGUGUACUUGGUAAUACAUGACAAUCCUCAGGGAAAAUGUCCCACCAUCUAAUUCCAUGACUUCCCUUGAUGCGAGAGUGUGAGGGUAUCAGAAAAGAUUAUAAUGUAAAUUCUCAACAUUGUGACUAAAAGUAACCUUUCUGCAUCACUACCUUCUACACAUAAAUCCCUAAAAUUAUAAUAACAAGACUAAGGAAGCUAUAGCCAAACCAUAUACUUUAUACUAUAUAAAUGAACAUAAUGGCCUUUUCAGUUUCAUGGAAAGCCUGUAUUGAACAGACGUGACAGAGGUUUUUUUUAAACUUCUAUGCAAAAGUUGAAUGGGUUACGCCAGUGGAAGAAUUACUAUAAAAGCCACCUUCAUUCUCAUUUGAAUCCUGGAACUCCAAUUGCCAUGAGAUAUGACCGAAUUACAAACCAAACAAAACGCGGAAUGAACAAGCUGUUUCAUUACUUUGUAGUUUGGAGUUCUGUCCCUGGCACCAAAAAGAUGAUUGGUGAAAAAAAAGAUGAUUAUUUAGGGGACAGCUACCAAAUGUUGAUUUUAUUCACGGAUCACAGAAUUAACCAACAGGGGGGAAAAAGAAGUAAAAAAUAAAAAUAAAAUAAAAACCUAUAUCUAUAUAUGUAUAUAUUUAAUAAAUAUACAAUAUAUAAAAACAUAUUUUGUAAUGCUCCUUUCCCCCCCUAUAUUGUUUACUUCUUCUCAUAUGAUCUGUGAGCUAAAUAGUGCAAAAAUGCACCUGUCAGUGUACUGCAAAAUAUGUACAUAAUGUUUAUACUAUGCAUUUACUUUGCAGUACAAUUAUAGGGGCAUUUUCAAGCCAUUUGGUUAGUCUGAAUUGUUUUUCCCAGAGAGAUCAUGUGGACACCUGAAGAACAAAACCUUUCACCAGACACAAUUUUUAGCCGACGAAUUGAUUUCGUCUAACCACAUUUUUUGCCGUGCAAAAGUUUACUGGAAAUAGUGAUAGUGUUAUCCAAAAUAAAGCAUGUAGGCAGAGAAGCCUCCAGCCUUUUUAAUCAGCCUUUAUCAAAUCUGCCGUACAGCCUCUAAGUACAAGACAUGGUACUACUAUAAUGAGGAAAAGUCACAAAGCAUUGCAGAAGGAAAAAGGCUAAAUGAGGACAAAAAAAAAAUCAAACUGCAAGAAAAGUAUUUGAUUUAUUUGCAUUUAUUUUUCAGAGUUGCUGUGGAUUCAGAAAUCCUAUGAUGUUGAACGUUGCCAGAAAUGGGUCAAGCAUGCUCGAAAAGUUCAAAAGAAAACUAAAGACAUUAUCCGGCAGAAAAUACAGGAUCGUUUUGACACAGUUGUUGUUCCAAGGUAAGGUAAAUAUUCAUAUUUUAUACAACUGUUCUACAUGAUGAAACUCUUUUCCUGUUUUUUUUUAUCAGUCCUCGCAAACCUAGAAUACUUAGAUUUCUCAAACCAGCAAUUCCAUUUCAGGAAAUGAAUUGAGACUUGGAUAUAGAUGCCUAUGUCCAUGGUCAGAUUUACAAGUCGGGUGCCUGUAGGCACAGAUUCUUAAGCUGCACCUAAGCCUAAUAAACAAAAACAAAAAUCCAGUUCCUUGUUGCAUGGUUCAUGAAUUAAAAAAUAAGCGUCUCCCUCCGCAAAUAAACAAAAAAAUGCAUUUACCAUGCAACAGAUAUAAAAAGGAUCUGAAAAUAUACAAUAAAUAAAUACAAGGGGAACAUGCUUGAAUUGCAGCCCUUGGUAGACAGGAGUCUGUAGGCAGUUGCCUACCAUUGCCUAUGUCAUUAAAUAUCAAUUAUACUACAAUAAACAUAAUGCUAAAAUAGCUUCAAGCUAUUUCCUAGUCUAGGCAAAACUCACAACAAGAAGUCGAAUACACUAGAAACUUUAAAGUUUUUUUAGUAUUGUUUAAUUUACUGUUUUGUCUAUUUGAUUCAUCAAUGAUCUCCCCUGUCGGCCUCAGCCCAUGGGCAUUGCGGUGGGGCCCUUGUGCCCGUGGGGCCUUCGGGCAACUGCCCAGCCUGUCCAUGUGGAAAGAUGGCCCUGAACACAUUUUUUCUUGGGAACUGUGUUUGUCUCUUACAGAGAAAAGACAGUACAUUCUUAAACUGGUUGGAUUAAUAUGGUUUAUGAAAUAUAGUAUAAAAUAUGUUCUGCUACUUAUUCUAGCAAUGGUCCAUCAUUCCUAUUAGCUGCUUUACACGUUGCUUUUAUUUAUUUUUUAUUUUAACAGGAGUAUAAGUAUAACUGAUUUGUGUUUAAAAAUGGGCAUCAAUAUGCAGCUUACUCAAGGUUCGGGAUUUGUCCAUGCAUGCUGCAAAGAAGUUCUCACACCUGACUGUAGAGUGGUGCUCCAGAAGACAGAUACUCAGGAAUUUAUUGAUGAUUUUUCUGGAUCCAAUUCCAGCAUGAAAU